AUUUGAGGGCUUAACUUAUAAAUACUCUCACCUCUACGCUGUUAUCAUUUACGUAUGAUUUUCAGUUCAUUCUGCUGUAUGAUCUGACUAGACAGAGAAAGAGAGAUUAAGAGAGAGAGAGAAAUCUGAAGUAAAGAGAGAUGACGAUCGGAGUAAUGGAGGUGAACCUGGUGGAUGCUCAUGGUCUCAAAAAAUCCGAUUUCCUAAACAACAUAGAUCCAUAUGUGUUGGUGCAAUACAGGAGUCAAGAGCACAAGAGCUUAAUAGCCAAAGGGAGUGGCAGCAACCCAAAAUGGAACCAAAAAUUCACAUUCAGGGUCGAAUAUCCAGGAACAGACGAUCACCCUAAGCUUUUUCUCAAGAUUAUGGACCAUGACACCUUCUCAUCUGAUGACUACCUCGGACAAACAACGAUAUACUUGAAAGAACUGUUCGAAUCUGGAGUGGAGAGUGGAACUUCUGAACUACGUCUUCAAAAGUAUCGUGUUGUGGAUAGUAGUAGCCAUAGCUUCUCUGGAGACAUUCGAGUGGGUGUCACUUUUACCCCAAGGGUUGAAACAGAAUUUUAUUCACAAGAAUUCGGAGGAUGGAAAGAGAGCCAACGGUUUCCUCUUAAUCCUAGUGGUGAAUAUAAUGUGAAUUCAAUGAGGAAAUUAUUGGAGUCUAAACUAAAUACUUUUAAAGGGGCGACAAUUUGGCGGUCAAAGAUAAUUCCUCUGAAUGUGCGAUGUUUCAUGUGGAGGUCGGUGUUAGGUAGAAUACCGGUGGCUGAAACCUUGGCUGUUAGGGGGAUAAAUACCUCUAGUACCCUAUGCUCUCUCUGUAACACAGAAACUGAAACAGCUGAUCAUUUGCUCAUUACUUGUGGCUAUUCUAGAGUGGUGCAACAUUGGAUAUUCAAAUGGUGUGGAUUGGAAGACAUUAUGUUCUCAAAUAUUCAAGAAUUCAUUGACUUCGCGGCUACUUGGGGAAAUUAUCCUAGAACAUUUUGCUAUCCAUGA